CAUCAGUCCAGGGUGACUCUGCUUCAGCAGGUAGCCAUUAAAGUCAUGAGUCCUACACUGAAUACAAGAAUCCAUGUAUUGGUGCUUCUACUGCUGGGAGGGAUCUGUGUUAGUAGUGAAGACCCCUGGUGCUAUGACAAACCAAGUUGUGGCCCAAAGAUGUGGUCAUACCUCGGCAACUGCAGUGGUGAGAAGCAGUCUCCCAUCAAUAUUGUAACCAAGAAAACCAUAUCUGAUGACUGCCUGGGUCCUAUUAAUUUUGUUGGUUAUGAAGACCGCAAGAGGCCACAGCUCCUUAAGAACACAGGGCAUUACCCUGAAGUAGAAAUGAAGAAAGGAGCUACCAUCUCUGGUCCAGGCCUUCCAGCAACAUACUCCUUGAAGUCCUUCCACCUUCACUGGGGUACCUACAAUCUUAGAGGCUCGGAGCAUGCAAUUGAUGGACUGCACCAAGCCAUGGAGCUCCACAUAGUUCAUACAAAAAACAACUUGACUAUGGAAGAAGCAAGAGAGGACCCAGAAGGAAUUGCUGUCUUGGCAUUCUUCAUAAAGAAAUCCAAUGAGACUCCCAUCAUCAACGCUUGGAAAACUCUAGCCGACCUCAUGAAAGCAAUCCCAGAGAAAGGGGACUCUCUGAAACUGGAUGGAGAAUUCUCUCUGGGGGGAUUAUUGAGUAUGUCAGAUCUAAGCUCCUAUUACCGCUACUAUGGCUCUCUCACUACUCCUAACUGCAAUGAGGCUGUGAUUUGGACUGUCUACUCUGAGCCAAUUGAGGUGUCUCCCCAAACGCUGAAGAAAUUCACAAAUUCACUUUAUUUCUCCAACAUAAAAGAAGGCAGGCUGAUGCAGAAGAAUUAUCGUCCUUUGCAGCCAUUGAACAACCGAAGAGUCCAGCAUUUCAAGGAAAAGAAAUAUGUACACCAUUAUCCAGAACACUGCUCUGCCCCAAAGAAGUUUUGAACCAACAGGGGUAUGUGUAUGUGUGGGUGAGGGCACACAUGUCCACGGUGGUAUGGCAACUGAUUCCUUCCUGCUGCUUGGAUUACCCAAGGAAAUAUUGAGUUGCCUCCUUCCCAAUUCAAUUUCAAUCAUGUCAAUCUAUGCUUUUCAUGGGGGGCUCUCUCAGACUCAUGGAAGAAAGACAUUUCGUCAGCAUGGAGUAAAACAACACUAAUAACACAUAAACACAGUUUUCCCCUUUAAUUUAACAUUUGUUCUGCCUUUACAUUUGGUAUCUAUAAACUCUCUGGAUUUUAUUCAAAAAGUAAGUGUAUUGAAUUGCUUUAAAGAAAUUAAAUGCAGAAGAUUUUGUGAAGCUGGUCAUGGAUUAGUCCUCUGUUGCACCUCUCACCAACAAGGGAAUAGUUCCAUACCUUCCAACAUUUCACACAUGAAAACUGAGACACAUAAGACCAAAUAACAUCAAAGUGGUGUUCAUGUGGCAAAAGAUAUUAAUG